GUCAGAUUUGUCAAAAUCCUUCUUCGUUUCUUCCAGACGUAAGUUGAUUUUUGCAAACACUCUAAUGGUCAAUACAUUGUCCACAUUCCACAGAAGUCAGAUUGAGGUAUGAACCUUUUAGGGGGUAAAUAGGUCAUACCAGCUUUCUUUUUCAUUUUCCACUGUUCUCUCGUAUUUAAGACUACUUGACUUCACAUGAUUUUCAACUCUCUCACUCUCGUCUUUACAGUUUCCACCUGUAUCUCUCACUUUUUAAUUCACGAAAAACAGAGAUUUCGUCUUCUCAUUACCUUUUUUUUUCUUUUUCUGACGAACUCGAGAACCACGAAACUGCUAUAAUGGCGAUUCAUCCUUGGUGGAUGCGUAACAGAAAGAAAGUGGACAAGUACAUGAAGGAAGCGAAGAGCUUAUUAACGAGCCAGGAUCCAAACGACAUCCUAUCAGCUCUAAGCCUCUUAAACUCAACGUUUUCUCUCUCUCCUCGCCACGAACUCGCUCUGGAACUCAAAGCUAGAUCGCUUCUUUACCUUCGUCGUUUCAAAGACGUCGCUGAUUUGCUUCACGAUUACAUCCCCAGUCUUAGAAUCGAUGGCGAAGAUUCUAGCAGCAGCGUCGUCGUCGAUUCAUCGGAGCUCUCUUCUCUCAGGCUUCUACUUCCGAGUCAUCAUGACUCGUCGUCGUUUAAGUGUUUCUCUUAUUACUACUUGAAGAAGAAAGUCAUGGCAGGGUUAAGUAAUAAUCCCGACGAACAAGGGCAAUGGAGAUACGUGGUUUUGGGCCAAGCUUGUUACCACCUAGGUCUAAUGGAAGACGCGAUGAUCCUACUCCAAAACGGUAAACGCCUUGCCACGGCGGAGCUCCGCCGAGAAAGCAUCAGCUGGUCCGACGAUAGCUUCGUCCUUUUCACCAUCGGAUCUCAGCCGCAACCAAUUACAGAAUCCGAUAUCGUAUCGCAAAAGCUCUCCCAAACCAAACUCCUCCUCCGUCGUCGCACGGCGGCUCUCGCUGCGUUCGACGCCGGUCUCUACCCUGAAUCCAUCCGCCAUUAUUCUAAGAUCGUUGACAGCCGUCGCGGCGCGCCGCAGAGCUUCAUCGCCGAUUGCUUAAUCCGUCGUUCCUCAGCCUAUAAAUUCGCCGACCGAAUCGCAGAUUCCAUUGCCGAUUGCAAUAUAACACUAGCCUUAAAUCCGUCGUGCCUCGAAGCCUUAGAAACCAGAGCCGAUUUGUUCCGAUCAGUACGCUGUUUCUCCGACUCGCUUCACGAUCUUGAACAUCUGAAACUUCUCUACAAUUCAAAUUUACGCGACCGGUCAACAACCGGCCCGGUUUGGAGACGGCACAAUUUCCGGUACAGAGAAAUCCCGGGGAAAUUAUGUGAAUUGACCUCUAAAAUCAAACAAAUGAAGGAGAAAAUAAUUACAAACGGAGAAAUCGGUAAUGUGGAUUAUUACUUUUUGAUGGGAAUCAAACGUGGGUGCUCGAAAUCUGAGCUGAACCGGGCGUAUUUGUUGAUGAACCUAAGACAUAAACCGGAGAGAACAGUAGCCUUCAUAGACAGGUUUGAUUUAACCGAUGAGGAAGAAUUAGCUUCGGUUAAGAACCGAGCUAGAAUGUCAACUUUGUUACUCUACAGAUUGAUCCAGAAGGGAUUCCACGCCGUAAUGAGUGACAUUUCGAUGGUAGAAGCGGUGGCGGUCGAAGAGAUUGCAAUAAAAAAUCAACCGGUUGAAACGUCUACAGAUGAUGAUAACAAAGCAGCGGCAAUGGAGGUUGGGAGGAAGCGUAGCAACAACUUAAACGUGGUUAAAGGAGUGUUUUGUAGAGAUAUGGCGGCGGUUGGGAGUUUGAUUGUCCGUGCCGGUUUAAGACAACCAAUUUCGGUUUAGGUAUAUGUCAUAGGAUUUUAGAGAUUUGUCUCUCUCUUUUUUUUUUUUCUUCCUAACGUAAAAGAGUUAAGUUUACUUUUGACGCUGGACAAUAACAAUAAACUUUUUCUCUCUGUGAGAUUUUGAUCA